UCGAUGGUCUGGUCUCUGCAGAAACACUUGUAGCAGUGGGGAUUGAAAGAGACAUGUUUUGCAUCUCCUGAUCUCCUCCUAGUCCUAGUCGCCACAGAAAGAGCGGCUUGAUCCCUUCUUCUUCUUUUUCUUCGAAUAUCUUCAGAUUUCUAGGGCAAAUCUUUGAUAGCUUUAAUUUGCAUAGAUUUACGAAUCCAUAAUGCUUGGGUUUUUGUUUUGACUUCUGUCUGUGAUAAUUUGGUGGAAGAACUCUUGAGAUCGACGAGAUUUUGGUUUCUCCGAAGAUGAAGUCGAACGAGAAGCAUAGCUCGUGAAUACUUUUCCAUUCGUGACAGCCGAAAAAAGAACAUUUGCACACAGACUGAAGUCGGUGAAGUUAUCUCGUCGAGCUAGCCAGCUGGGUUCAGUAGAAUCUGACCUUCUCUCAAUAUCAGAUAAGAGGAAGAGAAGAUUACUCCGUGCGGUCUUAGUGGAGCUUUAAGCAAUUCGACUUUUGUUUCGAUUCAGAAGAAUUACGAAAACAGAAAGAAUUUUGCCUCUUAAAACGAUCUGAUGGAAUUACUCAAGUUUCUAUUGCUUUUGACCCUGGAAGAUGGAUAUUGUGAUUAUCCAAAGUCAGUAGAGCCAAUUGAAAGUAUAUCAGACGAUGUCUGCUUAAAGGAGAUAAAUGGGUUUAAAUCUUUCCAAUGUGAAACAAGCACAUCAGAUGGAACUUCUGUGGAAUGUCCAAUUGGUUUAGCAGUAGCAAAUAUGUCAUGCCAAGUUUACUCACUUGGAGAAGGGACUGUUGGUAAAGUUGCAUCUUCAGCAAAGCAUUGUUGGAUUUUUUCUGACAAGGUCUACAGUGGUAUCAACUCUAAGUUGGUUGAGUAUCCAGAUGAAUGGGCACUUCAGUUUGCAGCUGGUAUCAAGACGAUUUUACUUGUACCUGUUACACAUGGCGUUGUGCAACUUGGCUCUCUGGAAAUGGUUGAUGAAGAUCUUAUGCUGGUUGCUCGUAUCAAGGAUAUGUUCAACACCCUUCAGUAUAUUGGAGGAACUCCCCUGCCUUUAACUUUAAGAAAGGACCUCCUAGCUCUUCAACCAUCCUCACUGGCAUCUCUCUUCUUGGAGAACUUAGCUGAUCCAUUUGCUAUUCCCAGUAACAUGCUAAAUCCAAUCCAAACAGAAGCAUUAAUGAAGAAUCCAUUUUUUUGGGAUGAUUCUCAGACAACAGAAAUCAAACUGUCAAAUAUAAGUCACCAGUUUAUGCCACUAUCAUUUGUUCAAGACAGCUUUCAGGUCCUCAGAAGCACAAAGGAUGCUGAGUUUGAUGUUCUGUCAAUGGACUCUUCUGAAGAAGCAUCAGUGAUUCAAAAUCAGUUUUUGAAUGCUAACCAUUCGGAGAUAAUGGAAGGAAACAUGCUUAGUUUUCCUUCUCUUGAGGAAGGUUUGCAGGCCUCUUAUCAAUGUGAUGGUCCUAACAUAGGAGACACAAAUUUGAACAUGGAUUUUUAUCCGGUUGGAGAUAUGAUGGAUCAACCAUUCAGAUAUGAGACUAUUGAUGAGAUGGAUCAGAUUGACAUCAGUGGCUUUUCAAAUUUUUCCAUAGAAUCUGAGCUAUACAAAGCACUUGGCCCAGAUUUUCAGAGAGGAACCAAUGAAUUCCUAUUUGACUCAACUAUUCCAUGCCAGGAUAUAUGUGGGAGAUCAAAUCCAACCUGGCAUAGAGAUCUCACCGGGAGAAUUGAGCAAGCAGAUGUGGAAUCUAAUUCAUGUUUUAAGAAAGGAAGUGAUGCUGAACAUCUCUUGGGUGCCAUGGUUGCCAACUUAUAUGGUUCUUCAGAUGAUACUGCAUCUUACAGAUCUAACAAUGUCUCACUAACUACUUCCUCAGGGCAGCUAGGUGCUUCUUACCAAACACAGUGUCCAUCUGAAGGUAGGCUGUUGGUAGGAGAUGAUUCUGUUCCAUGGUACAAAUUGAGGUCUUCAUUUGUGUCAGGAGGAAAACAGGUUACUAGUACCACUCAACCUGGGGCAUCUUCAUUGACAAGCAUGAUGAGCAAAGUGAUUGACAAAGAACAAAGAAAAAAGGAGUUUGGAUCUAAGAGGGGCUCAAAGUCGUCUCAUGUUAAUCAAAGAAAGUCCAAAUCCAUUGAUAUUCAGAGGCCAAGGCCUAGGGACAGACAGAUGAUUCAAGAUCGCGUUAAGGAAUUACGAGAACUUGUCCCAAAUGGUGCAAAGUUUAGCAUUGAUGCGCUAUUAGACCAAACUAUUAAGCACAUGCUGUUCUUAAGAAGUGUUGCAAAUCAAGCCAAGAAAUUGGGGCAGUGCAUGCGUCCAAAGAACAUUGGUUGUAAGAACUGGAAAUCUGGAAGCCAGAGUCACCAGAAUGGCACCAGGCCCUUUCAAAUGGGAACUCAACUAGGAGCGUGCCCUAUAGUGGUGGAAGAUCUGGACUACCCAGGACACAUGCUCAUUGAGAUGUUAUGUGACGAACAUGGACUAUUCCUCGAAAUUGCUCAAGUUAUCCGACACCUAGAGCUGACCAUCAUAAAAGGCGUGAUGGAGAGCCGGUCGAACAAAAUCUGGGCCCAUUUUAUUGUCGAGGCUUCGAGUGGUUUUCAAAGAACGGAUGUAUUCUGGCCCUUGAUGCAGUUAUUACAGCGGAGCGGCAAUCCCAUCGCAAGCAAGUUUUGAUGCUUUUUCGCUCUUAAUGAUAUGGAAACUCUCCAAGAUUGUAUCGGACUAAAGAUAUACAUAAUGAUUAUUUAUGUUGCACAACACGAGCGAUUAUUUUC